AUGGGUUACGGUGAUUACGACAACAACAAUAAUAACAGUUAUGGUAACAAUGACUCUUAUGGUAGAGGCAAUUCCUAUAACAGCAACAAUAAUAGCAGCUACGGUAAUAACGACUCUUAUGGCAAUAAUGACUCUUAUGGAAGAAGCGAUUCUUAUAACAACAAUAACAACAGCUCUUAUGGUGGAGACAGCUACGGUCAGCAGCAGUCAUAUAGUAACCAACAACAAAAUUCAUCUUCUUCCUCCCAUGGCUCUCACGGUAUGUUGAAAGCCGGUUUGGCAGCUGCUGGAGGACUUGUUGCUGGUGCUUUCGCCAUGCACGAAUUCGAUGAUCACAAAAAUAGCAUUGAUAAUGCUGUCGAUUCGGUUGGUGAUUCCAUUAAUAAUGUUGGAAACCACAUCAGAAACAACUUCAAUGACGCUACCGAUGGUGUUAAGAAUGAUUUUGGUAACGCUACUAAUGACGUUCAAAACUUUGGUAAUGAUGUUCAGCAAGGUUUCGAUAAUAUGGGUGACAACAUUCAAGAUAACGUUGGUAACAGAGUCCAAAACUUUGGUAACAACGUCUCACAAUGGGGCAAUGAUAUGCAAAAUAACUAG